AUGGGCUGCUCGCCAUCCAAGGGUCACAAUUUGGCUGGAGCACAGAGCCCCUUCCAGAGGGGCCGAGCACUGCUGCUGGGAUCCAGGGAAAACGGUGGGGAUUCGCUGUCUGAUGAUGGGGGAAGCACGGGCUCUUCUGGUCUGGGAGAGACUGAGAGAGAAGGAGCAGGAGGAGGAGAAAGAAGAUCAGCCGCUCAGCCUGUCCUCUCUCAGAAAGAGACCCCUGCGACCCCACAGAGAAAGAAACCCUUCCAAGUCGAGGGGACCCCAAGGGGUGUGUCCUUGGAAAAGUUAGGCACCCAAGAAAUAGAAAUUGACAUGGUGUCUCAGGAGAGGGACACACUAGAAGAUGCUUCAGAGGAGAAACAAGGGAAAAAGGCAGGACGCAAGCCUAAGAAAAGUAAAGGAACCAAACAGACAAGGAAGAACAAGGAGAGAAAAGCCUCACUCAUUGAGGCAAAAGUGGACUUCCCAGACCCCCUGGUGAAAGCACACCAGGCUGCCUAUGCCUUCCUAAACCCCAGCAUUGCCAAAUACGAGGUUCUGCUGGGCCUGCUGGACCAGGCGGCCCAGACCCAGCUUUCUCUGCAGCCCAUGGUGACCUUCUUGACGCUGCGCUAUGAGGAGAUUAACCGGGGGCUGAAGGAAAUGGCUGAGGAGGGGGAGAAACUUCUGAAGGAAAAUGGGCAGCACUUGGCCUGGCCUUGCCCCUUGAAAAACCUGUCUUCCACCCCUUCUAAGGCCAGCAGCACUGCAGAGCCCCCACCAGACCUUCUUCAGCAGUUGCUUCAGUACACCACACAACGGAUGCGGCUUGUGGGUCACUCUGUGGGUGGGAUCGGGGACUCCGCGCUGGAAGAAGCAUCUGAGUAUUUCACCUCACUCUCCGAGCUGCUGGACGAGAAGCUGAAGACCAAGCGUGCGUUGGAGGCUCGGCUGGGGCAGGUUCUGGCCCGCAUUGAGUCGGCAGCGCUUCGGAAGCCGGGCCCAGAGGACUCAGCCCUGUACAGUGAGGACAGUGGCAUCGGGGCAGAAAGCGAAUCCCUGGCUGGGUCUGAGCGGCUUCGGCGUGAAAGCUGCGGGUCCACCGGCACUAUUCGGACCAUACCCAGCACCCCCCCAGGUAAUGGCACCACUCCCAUCAGGCAGGGGUCAUUCAGGCGUAGGCUGACAGGAAAAAUUAGCCCAAGUGUUUCUCUCACCUCCAUAGACUCCACCUGUACCCUCACUGCCAGAGAGCAGAGAGACACAGAGUCCCUGCUGGGCUCAGCAUCUCUGGAUGAUGGUGAGGGGGAGGAGGAGGAGGAAGAGGAGGAUGAUGACGAGGAAGUGAGUGAGGGGACUGGCAGGAAGCGUUCAAACUCUUCCCCUCCCGAUGCGUGCCAGACUCCACGUCGCUUACCUGCUAAGCGCAUUGAAAACCCUCAAAAUGUGGAGAUGACACUCAAGAUGAGGGAAGCCAUCAGUGGGCGUAUCCAUUUUCUCCCCUCACAGCAUUCCAGUGCAAAGGUCAAGCAAGCAAACAGCUAUGGAAACAGUGCACCCCAUUGGAUGGAGGAAGAAGACCAUCAACCGAAACGGCCCCAGACUUUAGCGGCCUCCAGAGGAACAAAAAAGAAAACCUCUGUGGCUAAGCAGCGCCGCUCAUGUUCUGCAGAGUCCCUGAGGAGCAAAGCAGAGGACCCGACCCUGCUAGAGCUGGAGAGGACACAGAAGGACCUGAGUCAGCGAAUGGAAAGGAUGAGCGUGGGCGGGGCAGACGGAGAUGCCAGGAAGGCAGGACCCAAACGAGGAGGAGACGGGCAGCUCCAGGGCACUCAGGUGCCAGGCUCCGGUCGCCUGAGCUCCUCUCUGGACAGAAAUGUCAGUGCCCGGCCCAGCCAGAGCAAAGCAGCACUGAGGAGACACUCCUCUGGAGAAAACAGGAUGGCAACAGAGGAGGAUGAGAGAAAGAAGAAAGAAAAGAAAGCAGGGAAGGGGCCCCUGAGGGCCACACCUCCACCCAGCACCCCUCCGAUGUCAUCACAUCAGCCUUCGUCCUUGCACAGGGGCAGAAAUUCUGUCAAAAAGCUGAUCGACACCUUCAGCCAGGGGGUGGGUGACAAGCAAAGCCAAGGAUCUCCCAGAGUGCUUGGACCUCUCAAAGGGGUAAGGAAAUGUGGAGUUCCAGUUAUACCAGGGUUAGAAAGAGGAGAAGGGGCUCUCAUCAAUGGAAACAAUAACAGCUGCCAAGCAGAAUCCCGAGCCUCCAACAGAAUGGAGGACCUAGAUUUGGAUGACCUGCCACCCCCUCCACCUGAGGUCCUGAUGGAUACCUCUUUUGAGUCUGCACAGGAGCCCCCUGUUGGUAAUGGUGGGGAAGACGUCAUGAAAAGAGGCCGCUCUCUGCUACUUCAGAGAACGACGGUGACUCAGAGACUGCGUGCCUCUAUGCAGUCUGUGACGGUGCUGCCCAGCCGCAGUAAUGUGCGCCGGGGCUCCGUCAGCGUGUCGCCGGCCCGCCCCAUCCGGCAGGAUGCAGUCCAGUCAGAGGCGGACCCUGAAAGUGAGGAGGCAGCCUCUCUCUACAAGCAGGCCCGCAAAAUCAUCCACCUGCGUCACUCCGCCGAGUCCCCCACGGAUAAACCCCAGUCAGACUCAGGGCCUAGGAAACCGUCGCCCACAAGAGCUGGACUGGGGUUGAGGAGGGGGGGCAACGGGCCUUCUGACACAGUGCCUUCUGCUCCUUAUGUUAACAGCCAACCGCCAGCUACGCCACCGUCUUCCAGAGCGCGCAUGUUGCCCUCCACCCCCUCCAACUCUGCCUCCCAGCAUCGACGACUCCCCAGCCCUACCGCUUUUAAACAACAGGCCACUCCCCCCUUGACAACCAGUCCCCCAACCACUCGCAAACUGCCCACCCCACCGCCAGGUCAGAGGAGACUACCGAGCCCCCUUCAGCUCCGCAAGUCUGCGACCCCUAACUCCAUCACAAGCUCAUAUCCCUUCAAGGCCCCCUCACCUCCAGCAUCUCCCAGGGUGCAGAGAUGGACACGGGAUAACAGCAGCGAGGAAUCACCCCCCCAGGCUUCCUCUGCCUCCCGAGUCUUCAGCAAUGCUCGGUCUGUUUUCUGUCCGGCAUCGGCCUCUCUGUUUGAGGCUCAGCCUUGCCCACUGCCACAGCCUCCCCAGGCUUGGAUGCCCACCGGUGGUUGUGUGCUGCCACGGCCCUGGGGGGAGCAGACACGAGGCAGAUUGCCCAUGGCCAUGCAUGGGCCACGUCCUUUUGUUAGACGCAGUCACUCUGACCGCCGACCCAGCGUAACUGUACAGCACCGGACACCCAAUGUCUCUGUGGCCCAGAUCUGUGGGAGUGAGCCAGCCAUCAGCACUCAGGGGCUAGAGGAUGGACCAACCAGAGAGGAAGACCCGUGGGACAGCCAAUCAGAUCUCAGAGCAGGCAAUCGUUCUGCCUCACACCCAGACCUUUGCAUUGUGGGCCAGGCCUUACAGCGCGAAUGA